UUGUUACAGUUGAGUCAUCUAGGCAACAAUUUAUAUCAAAUUUAGUCAGUCAUGUUUUCCUGUUUCUGUGCAUGUCUAGUGUUUUCUCGUUUGUUUGACAUGAGAAAUGAUAUGCUGUAGAGACUUUGUGUUCUGUCUUAAUUUCUCUAAUGAAUUUUUGUUUUUUUAUGUACUAUAAAAAGUUCACUUAGCUUGACUCAGACUCCAAACUCUGACUCCCCUGAAGUGAGAAGCACCUGAAAUCUUUGUUCUUUUAGCUUUUCUAGCAUUUUGUCAGGCCACUGGGGUCUCCCCAAUCUAUUGUUGUUCACUGAUCUGCCAGAGAUUUGAGUAGAUUUGAUAUACAGAUAUGUGGGGCUCACAACUCUGAUGUUUCUUCCCUUCAAGGAUUUCACUGCUAAUGGUCUGGUUUUUCUUCCAGCUCCAAAUUAUAUUCUCUGACAUUUCAAGCCAGAAAGUAUAGCCAGCUUCAUGGGCCUGAGACCUGCAAAUUCAUACAAGGGCCACAUGCAAGGUUGAAUGUUCUGCUAUCACUGUCUUGAAAUUAUUAGUUUUUCAAUGAGGAGCCACAUUUUAACGGAUGUACAUAAGUAUAAAACUUCAUCCUAGGCCUGGUGUGGAGGACAAGGUGGGAGGAUCCCUUGAGCCCAGGAGUAUCAGAUCAGCCUGGACAACAUAGUGAGACCUUGUCUUUACUAAAAAUACAAAUUUUUUAAAUUAGCCAGGCCUGGUGGUGCACACCUGUAAUUCUGGUUUUUCUGGAGGGUGAGGCGGGAAGAUUAUUUGAGCCCAGGAGUUCUACAUUGCAGUGAGCUAUGAUCAUGCCACUGCAUUCCAGCCUGGGUGACAGAGAGAGCCCUGUCUUAAAUAUAUAUAUAUAUCCAUACUGUAUUUGUUUUUAUUUUCAGCUGGCUUUAAAAUACAAACAAAAUAUCCUUCUUGUAUGAUACUGAUAAAAUUUAGCUAAUAAGUUAUAAAAGAAAAACAAUUGCUUAUAUUAUACUGGGUCUCAGUAUUUUCAAAAGCCUUCCUUGCCUCACAUACUACUCUUCCUCACCCUGAUUUAAACAGGACCCUCUCUUAUACUCUGAGAAUCUUGUUAUCUUUCAUAGCACUCUCGUAAUUUACAAUUAAUAUAUUUACCUGUGUUUUUAGGAUUGAACAUAUUUCUACCUCAUAAGUCUGUAAACUCCAUGAGGACCCAUGUCUUUGCCUCGUGCCUCACCCAGCACCAACAAGAAUGCCUAGCAUACUGUAGGCACUUAAUUAAAUGGAUCAAUGGAUAAAUGGACAGAUGGAUGAGUGAAUGAAUAGUGAAAAUGACAGUGAUAUUUAGUAACAUUUUCUAUUUUGCCAAGUUAGAUUUUCUAUAGUACUUUCUUUUGCUCAAAGAUCUAAAAGUAUGCCAUAAUUUUGACAAAAUUUUGGGAACAAUGUUAGGUCAAUAGUACAUAUAUGCACAUUUGUUAUUAGUAGGACCCCCAAAAGAAGUGUGAAUGCCAGAUCUCCAACUUCUUGAUUUAAAAAUGUAAUCCAGGCUGGGCGCAGUGGCUCACUCCUGUAAUCCCAGCACUUAGGGAGGUGAAGUGGGUAGAUCAGUUGAGGUCAGGAGUUCGAGACCAGCCUGACCAACACAGUGAAACCGUCUCUACUAAAAAUACUUUUAAAAAGAUACACACACACACACACACACACACACACACACACACACACACCUGGGCAUGGUGGUAGGCACCUGUAGUCCCAGCUAAUCAGGAGGCUGAGGCAGGAGAAUCACUGGAACCUGGGAGGUGGAGGUUUCAGUGAGCCGAGAUCACGCCACUGCACUCCAGCCUUGGUGACAGAGCUCCCUCUGUCUUACAUUUUGUAAGACAAAAAAAUGUAAUCCAAUGUAGUAUUUACACGUAGUGCCGACGGGUACAGUGCACACUGUGCUUCAUGCUGUGUUGCAUUAAACAGCCUAAUCUGGUGUGUUAAUGAGAUAUUAGAGUAUUUUAACUAUCAGUUAUAAUAUUACACGUCAUUUUCCCGGAAAUCAAGAAGCACAUGAAAACAGGAGGUUUUUCACAAGCUAUAUUCAAAUGUUCACCUGUUGCAGAAGCUGUAUUAGAUGAUGUACGAUCAGUGGGAAAUAACUGAAGACAUAGGACCACUGGCGGGCUUAUUUCUCAGCGUCGUGGAGGCAGCGCACCUAGUCUGAACGCCCAUCUGCUCCCCUCUGCGCCGUAUUUUGGAUUAAUACAGUGUACAAUCUCAUAUUCUCAUUUCAGCAAAUAUAAAUAGUACAUGGCAAUUAAUAUGUGCUUUUUUAAGGGUGGUUUUCAUUUUUAAGGGUGGAGAUUGUUGAAAAUGGUGUCGUGGACCAGACUCCAGAAUUGGAGAUUUUGUAGAGGUCAAAGAUAUCAUACUAAUUAAAGUAAGGAUAAAGAGUGUGAGGACACACGUGUAAGAUAAUGAGCAGAAAAGGGAGUGGCAAGGUGCAGAGAUCUUUGCAAGCAGUGUACUGGGGAAACUGAAGGCUUUAAAGCCACGGUCUCUAUCCCUGCACCCGGCUUUCCGUCCUUAGUUACUGUGACCCAAGAUCAAAGCCACCCUGGUUUUCUAAUUGCCGCAAUUGCGGCUCCAGGUGGUGACUGCACAGCCACUGCGGCACUGUCCGCAGCUGCGCGCCUGGCUCAGACGGCAAUGUUUACGGUACAAAAUACCCGCCCGCGCGACGGUAUUUACGGUAACGGGAACCCGGCUGCGCGGCAGUAUUUACGGUAACGAAAGCCAAGCCACGCAGCUGUAUUUACGGUAGCGAGGGCUGGACCGGCGGCGGCAUUUACGGUAACGGGGGCCGGGCUAGCGGAGGCCGGUCCGCUCUGCCCGCUCUGGGCGUUAUCAAGUGAUCUCCAGCCAAGUCGGCCGCCACCCCCUGCACUCAGCGAAAAAUGCAAAAUGGCCCUCUGGGGCAGUGAGGGGCCGUGGCCCUCGGCCCGGGCCCGCCGCACCCCCUUAACGCAGCUGGCGGCCUGCAGCGCCGAACGGCGUCCGGGUGCAGCCCCCUCCCGCCCCUCCUCAGCGGCGCCAGCCUGAACCGGGCGCGGGAACCAGGCCGCUCUCGGCGACCAACCCGCCCUAGUCCCGCGCUCCCUGCUCGGUGCCGCGCCCACAUGGGUCUGUGCUACAGUCUGCGGCCGCUGCUUUUCGGGGGCCCAGGGGACGACCCCUGCGCGGCCUCGGAGCCGCCGGUGGAGGACGCGCAGCCCGCUCCGGCCCCGGCCCCAGCCCUAGUCCCGGCGGCCGCAGAGGACACGGCCCGGACCCCGCUCCCUCGGGGCGGCGGCGGGAGCCCGGCGUGCGCUCGGCCCAAAGCGGACAAGCAGAAGGAGAAGCGGCGGCGCACCGAACAGCUGAGCGCCGAGGAGCGCGAAGCGGCCAAGGAGGCAAGGAAAGUGAGCCGGGGCAUCGAUCGCAUGCUGCGCGAGCAGAAGCGCGACCUGCAGCAGACGCACCGGCUCCUGCUGCUCGGGGCUGGUGAGUCUGGGAAAAGCACGAUCGUCAAACAGAUGAGGAUCCUGCACGUCAAUGGGUUUAAUCCCGAGGAAAAGAAGCAGAAAAUUCUGGACAUCCGGAAAAAUGUUAAAGAUGCUAUCGUAACAAUUGUUUCAGCGAUGAGUACUAUAAUACCUCCAGUUCCGCUGGCCAACCCUGAAAACCAGUUUCGAUCAGACUACAUCAAGAGCAUAGCCCCUAUCACUGACUUUGAAUAUUCCCAGGAAUUCUUUGAUCAUGUGAAAAAACUUUGGGACGAUGAAGGUGUGAAGGCAUGCUUUGAGAGAUCCAAUGAGUACCAGCUGAUCGACUGUGCACAAUACUUCCUGGAAAGAAUCGACAGCGUCAGCUUGGUUGACUACACACCCACAGACCAGGACCUCCUCAGAUGCAGAGUUCUGACAUCAGGGAUUUUUGAGACACGAUUCCAAGUGGACAAAGUAAACUUUCACAUGUUUGAUGUUGGUGGCCAGAGGGAUGAGAGGAGAAAAUGGAUCCAGUGCUUUAACGACGUCACAGCUAUCAUCUACGUCGCAGCCUGCAGUAGCUACAACAUGGUGAUUCGAGAAGAUAACAAUACCAACCGGCUAAGAGAGUCCCUCGAUCUUUUUGAAAGCAUCUGGAACAACAGGUGGUUACGGACCAUUUCUAUCAUCUUGUUCUUGAACAAACAAGAUAUGCUGGCAGAAAAAGUCUUGGCAGGGAAAUCAAAAAUUGAAGACUAUUUCCCAGAAUAUGCAAAUUAUACUGUUCCUGAAGAUGCAACACCAGAUGCUGGAGAAGAUCCCAAAGUUACAAGAGCCAAGUUCUUUAUCCGGGACCUGUUUCUGAGGAUCAGCACGGCCACCGGCGACGGCAAACAUUACUGCUACCCACACUUCACCUGCGCCGUGGACACAGAGAACAUCCGCAGGGUGUUCAACGACUGCCGCGACAUCAUCCAGCGGAUGCACCUCAAGCAGUACGAGCUCUUGUGAGGGCGCUGCUGCCACCCCGCGACCAAGCGGCGCCCGGGACUGCCUGUCUGCCGGCCCCACGCCAUGGUAGGAGGCAGAGUCUCUAGUUCCAUCUCGCUGCCGUCUGUCCUGUUCUGUGUCGACCACCAAGCCUCUGGCUACCUCUGUCCCCUCAGGUUUGGUUGUGUAGCUAAUGUUGUCAUUGAACACAACCUUCUGCAGCAUCCCACCCCCAAACCACUGACUCUCACUUGCUGACACUGCAGCAGACUCUCUCUGGGUGGGGGCCCCUUUAUUCAUUCUCAUUUAUUGAUUCACUGAGAACUUGGUAGAUGGGGAGAAAACGCAGUUUGGGUUUUUUCACGUUAUCAAGCGUUACUGCAAGAGCGUAUGUCCAGUGCUCCCAGCUCAGCCUCUGAGUUUCCCUUUAUGAAGCUGCGGGCUGAGGAGCAAUGGUCCCUUCCCAUCAGCCUUGGCCCAAGACUUAGAGUCAACCCCAAGCAACAGAGUGACCAGAAACCCUUUUACGGUCACAUUUGGAGUUGCUGCUGGCCUCAGGCAUCUGAAUUAGAGCUACUUUGAGCCUCUUACAUUUAGGCAGAAAACCUACCACAUUCACUACUGCAAAACGUGUCCUGUCUAAAAAUGAUUCUCUAAACUUUCACUAUACUUAGGCAUAAUCUUCUUAGAUUCUUUGCUGUUGUCCUAUUGCUGGUUUGUUUUACUGUACAGACCACAAAUGUAACAUUCUUUUGUAUAACUACUAAAGAAAAAUUCUUGUAGAUCUUUGUGCCUUUACCAUGGCUAUCUAUACCUGUACAUGACAUGUGUCUGUAUUGUGCUGAAUAGCUUAAUGUCAACAUUACCUGCUGCUUACUCUGAAAAAGGGAAUGAAUGGUAGCUAUAGAAUUUAGGAUCUUUUAUCAGGUUGGCACUUUAUAAAAUACUCCUUGAUUUAAAAAAUUGUAAAUUAUACACAUUCAUCAUCCACAUUCUACCAACAAUGCCGUACCAACAUCACAAGCUGUUGCAACCACCUGCUCCUACUUCUCUGAGCUAUAAAAACCUGAACUCAAUUCACUGGUACAAAUCACAAUCUCAUCUUUCAGAGAACCAGGGAUUUUCUUUUUCUCUCUCUCUAGACAAUAUGUUUCCUAAUUACUCUGCUAAUGAAAGACUUCUUCAACUUCCCUAAGUGGAAACAGGGCAAUGACUCCCUCAGUCAAAACUCUGGACACAGGCUACAUCAGACAAGUAAACAAAUGGCAAGAGAAAAACAAAACAUGAUGUGUCGACAUUUGUGUCUGGCCUAGGAGAAUAAGGAUGACAGCUUCACUUGCCUUUUGAAGAAGAAACAUUGCAAAACCUUAAUUUGAAGUAUAAUCUCAAAAGAUAUGGCUCUUUCUCACACUUGCAAGAUUUACAAAUACAGCCUCAAACAUUAUGCACACAAACAAUAUCUAGAAAGUAGGAAUUGUUGUAGCGAUAACGUUUCACAUUCUAUCUGUAGCCACAGAGUUGAAAGUAGUUUUUGUAGGUCUAAAAUAAUCUGUAAAGAUGCCCAAAGUUAAAUUUUCAACAAUACAAAUCUAGAAAAGUGACAGCCUACAUUACUUAAUUACUCGCCUUUCAGUCUUUAGUCUUUAAUAUUUUAAAGUUUACUCUAUAAAUCAGCAUUUUGUAAUCCUUUAUAAACUCAUCCAGAUUUAAAUGCUUUUUCAUGAAGAAAGGAUGACAACUUUGUAGACAGUCCAUGCGACACACACAUAUUUUAUCUCAUCGCCAUCUUCCUGCCCCUCCUAUCCACUGUCUCAUAAAACCCUCAGCUGAACUAAGAUAAAUACAGUGGAAAUCAUUUUCAGUUCCCCGGCACUGUCGAAGUAAAACAAGAAACUGCAAAGCUACACCCCCCGCAAGAAAAGGAAGUGUGGUGUUGUAUGCAUCAUCACUCAACAAUUACCCUCUAACUAAACAUCCUGUUUAAGAGUUUAAUUCAUACAAGAGCCAGAUUUUUAAGAAAAAAACAAAAAGAAUAAAUUUUAUCCAGCUUAAAAUUAUUAAAGCAUUUAUUUUCAAGUACCAAAAGCCAUAUCCCAUUCCAUGUUUCAAGUCUCUUUUGAUCAUUGACAGACAUUAUCAGAUGUAUCAACUUAGUCUCCUGUAGAGAAAACUACACUUAUCUAAAAAUCUGAUCCAUUAAUUUAUCAAGUAUAAAAAUCUACAAAACAUAUGUCCUCCACAUCACAUCUGUACUUUUUUUAAAAAAUAUAUUUUUGAGACAAAGUCUUGCUCUUUAACCCAGACUGGAGUGCACGAUCUUGGCUCACUGCAACCUCCACCUCCCGAGUUCAUGGGAUUCUCCUGUCUCAGCCUCCCAAGUAGCUGGGAUUACAGGUGCUUGCCACCACACCUGGCUAAUUUUUGUAUUUUUAGUAGAGAUGGGGUUUCACCAUGUUGGCCAGGCUGGACUUGAACUCCUGACCUCAAGUGAUCCACCCGUCUCGGCCUCCCAAACUGCUGAGAUUACAAGUGUGAGUCACUGUGCCCUGCCACAUCUGUACUUUUAAGGGUACAGCUUUACAGUACAUAGGAAUUUGAGAACCACUUUACAGGAAGAGGGAAACAAGCCCAAUAUUUAUGUAUACACAUAAUCUCAGUGUGUGCUAGGGUCAUCAGGCCCUUCCUGGGGGAGCAAGGACUGUCGUGCAUGUGAGUGAUGACAUUAAUAGCAUUUACAUACUGUACAGAUGCAACCUUUGAUGAUACAUAUAUUUGAUAAAAAUGAGAAAACAGAUUUGUUGUAGAGUACCUGUCCAUUUUUAUAGCAUGAGAACAGUACAAUCAACUAUUUAUUUUGCAAUUACUCAUUUCAGUGAUUGAGAAUUUCUGUGAUUUGCAGAGAGACAGCCUAUAAUUGGUCUCAACAUCCACUUGGUUCUAACAUGAUCUCUGCCCAAAGUUCCAUUAUUUGGGUUUUGAUACUUAUUGCUAAGUGCAGACGUCAACUGCUCUUUACCUUGUCUUAUGCUUUCUGAGCAGGUUUGAUCCAGAAAGAAAAGGUGAGGCUAAAAGCCCAAAGUGAGUGAGUGUGAGGACCACAAGGAAGCCCACCGCUCCACAGUAGAUGAUCAAAACCACGUGCUCACGUGGGAGGUAGCACUUGGAGAGGGCGUAGUCUGUGGGUGUGAUGCUACCCUGGAAAAAGGGAAGAGAAAGUUAGGCUGAGAGCACCAGACACAGGUUGAACACCACAGUCUUAGAAACAACAGAGGGAAGACUGCCUUCUCAGGUCCCCCUCAGGUGAGACAGGGAAGGGGCCCUCCUCACCUGAGACCAAGAGGGCCUGGCCUUCCGCCUGCACAGGUCACCCCUGACCAGCCCAGGCUCUGGCAGGAGAAACAAGGAAGGCCCAAGUGUGCCUGAGUGGCAAAUGUCUGGGACACCGACCUCUCUGCCAAAACUGGCCCCUGGCCCACUGGGUUCCCAUCAAAUAUAGUGGGGGUUCCAUAACAGAGAUUCAGAGAGGCACCAUGGAGUUCCAGGGUCAUCAGUUGGCGAGGAACAGGAGGGAUGGGUGUCUUCCUGUCCCUUGAUGCUGAGCUAAGCAAUCACUCCCUAGAAAUACAUGUGUCCAGGUCAUCUCAGUGGGCUUUUCUUUGCAGGUACUUUUAUGCAGAAUGACAGUGGCAAAUGUUUUAAUUUACUCUGAAUCUUAAAAUGUUAGGGCUUCCUCACCUUUUUAUGAAGUAAAAGAACUUGACAUACCAGCAUCAUGAGCUGGAUGCAGGAGCCUAUGGCUAAAAGGAGUUAAAACACCCAGUGGUCAUUAACUACCAUGAAACAUUUUUAUCCACCUGCAAAGGCUGUUGCAUUCUCUGCCAGGGAAAAUGGACAUGUUUAGAAACUAGGAGAAGAUGGCUGAGUAUAGCUAAUGAAUAAAUGGUUGUUUCUUUAGAAAAUUAAACACAGAGAGUGUAAGAGGAGAGGACACUGCCUUCCCUGAAGGAUAAAUUCCACCUGGACGGUACCCUGCCCUCGUUCUUUACAUUAACCACCCAAGAAUGUCAUGCCAAUUGGUUCCUGAAAGGGUGUUUGGCAAGGGGCAGUGUACGGACCUAAGUGUAGAGGAAAGGAAAUUGUGUGGCUUUUGUACAUUUUUAUAGAUUGCAGCUAUUAAAUAGUUGAUGAGUGUGUUGAUUUAAAUACUUAUGAAAGCUUUCAGACAAAAAUAAACUUUCACCUUACCAUGAUGAAA